GCGCUACACAGCCUAAACGCUAUGGGGCGUCGAAUCGAAGGAGAAUCGAAGUCAGUUGCUGAAUUGCGAUAAUAUUGGCAGGUGAUCGGCGCAGCGUCGAGCGGCUGACGAGCGUUUGCUUUUGCACAGCAAAUUUUAUUAAAAAUAAUUCAGCGCAGAGUGCACGCGCGUGGUGUUAUUUGUUGUUGGGGGGCGGGUGAAAAUGUGUGCGUGAUGAAGUUGCAGAAGMGAUGCUGGCAUUGUCGACUACUGCUGCUACCCAUAGCGCUGCUGCUGCUCACUUGCAUCUUCACCGGCAUACAACUGAUCGAGUAUGAGUAUGCGGAGCUGCAAGUUGAGCGCUACGAACAGGCCAAACUGGUUUGCUGCCGGCCAUGCUAAAACUCCAGCUACCGCCAUUUAAGCGUAAUUUUUCAUCUUCGUCACCAACAUCAACAACAACCGCACGCUAUGCCAGCUUACAUUCUUCGCCGAAUUCGCGUAGCAGCGCGCCCACUUCACAGCCGCAGGUUACAAUUAAAAGCGCGCGUAAUACGCAACGCUUGGGCGUGAUUGCAUCACGUAAUCGCGGCGCUCGCCUCGCCACCGGCGAUUAUUUACUCUUUCUCGACAGUCACUGCGAGGUUAAUGUGGGCUGGCUGGAGCCGUUGCUAGAGCGUUUGGCCAUAGGCGCAACGGCCGUCAGCCCCGUGUUGGAUAGCAUUAAUGCGGAGUCAUUGGAGUAUGCGGCGAGUUCGAAGAAUCUCAUGGGUGGUUUCGAUUGGAAUUUACAUUUUCAUUGGAUACCGCGACCGCAAUCACAGCCACAGCGUCGCGACCAAKACAACGAGCAGCAACAACAACAGCGCGCAYUCGCGGAWUCUUUAAACACGCAAACCGCAUAUUUACAGCAAUUCGRUUGGGCGCGCAGCAGAUUUAGCGAGGCGCGCUUGCGACGCGACACAAAUACCGCCGUAACGGCAUUCAAAAGCCCUACCUUUGCUGGUGGCAUAUUCAUGAUCUCUCGGGAAUGGUUUUUUAAAUUAAAGGGCUUCAAUCCACUACUGGAGACUUGGGGUGGCGAGUCCAUUGAAUUCUCCAUUAAAUUGUGGCUUUGUGGCGGACAAAUCGAGAUUGUGCCAUGCAGCCGGGUCGGGCAUAUUUUUCGCAAGCAGCAUCCAUUUCAUUUUCCCAAUGGCAGCGAUAGCCAGACAACAUAUCUCAGAAAUUCAAAAAUCAUCGCCGAAUCCUGGUUGGAUGCCUACAAAUAUUUCUUCUACGCCUCCAAGCCGGCGGCCAAACGUAUACCAAUCAACAGCAACGACACAGUGCAAAGCCAACAGUUGAGGCGCGCUCUCAAUUGCCGGCCAUUCUCGUGGUAUUUGCAGAAUGUUUUCCCGCAACUCAAACUGCCCAACGAUGACUUCAUCGCAUUUGGCGCAUUAAGCUCCGGYGAGCUUUGCCUGCACAUCGGCAAUCAUGCCACCAGUCAGCUGCAUAUGACUAGCUGCUUCCAAAAUGACGUUACCCACUGGUAUCUGCACCGACAAAAUUCUCAAUUGCAAGCGAGUUCCGGUGCGUGUCUCCACGUAGUCGCCGAUGUGCCAAGGCGCGUAACGAAACUGAGUAACUCGACUCGUUCGACGCAUUUUCGUGUUGUGCUCCGGCCAUGCGUCGGUCAGGAAGUUGGCGAUCGCGCGUAUCAAAAGCAGAYACCGCAUCAACGUUGGUUGCGUCGCGGCGGUUUGUUGGUGCACCAACAGACGCAGUUAUGUCUCGAUAAUCCGCUAAACGAUGUGGUGGUCGUCAGUCAUUGCCGCAAUGCCGCGCCGUCACAGCUGUUUCGCUUCGCCAUGGAGCUGCAACGACUGUAAAGGCGGUGGCGGUGUACCGAAAAGGUUCUCAGUUGACUAUGGCAAGGAUACCUGUGUGCUGCUAUUUUGGCAUGAUUMUCCACCCUGUCGGAUCGAAUUCAAAUAUGGCAACACUGCCGCAACUGUGUGAUCUAAAGAGGAACUAAAAUGCAUCUCAGACUUUUUCCACAGUUUUCUUAAUUUGGAACCGUAUUGUUAGAAAUUUAAACGAAAUUUACAUAAAGCCUUAUUAAUAAUAAAACCAUUCCUUUAUUGGAACAAUU